AUGGCUCGCAUCCAGAUUCCCAUCGACGCCCUGACGUCCCGCCUGAACAUCCAGGACCGCUUCAACAGCAUGCGCUCCGGCGGCUUGACCGCCAGGUUCGCCAACCUGCGUCCCGUCGGCGAGUUCUUCGACAUGAAGCGCCUCUCCAAGCCUGGCAACUUUGGCGAGGUCCAGUCGCGAUGGAACUACAACCUCUCCUACUUCUCCAGCAACUACAGCGUCGUCUUCCUCAUGCUCAGCAUCUACGCGCUGCUCACCAACUGGCUGUUGCUGUUCGACAUCAUCUUCGUCGUUGCAGGCAUGUUUCUCAUCGGCAAGCUUGACGGCCGUGAUCUCGAGAUCGGUACCUUCCGCGCCUCCACCUCCCAGCUGUGGACCGGUCUCCUCGUCAUCGCCAUUCCCGUGGGCCUGUUCGCGUCGCCCUUCUCGACGCUGCUCUGGCUCAUCGGUGCUUCUGGCGUGGUCAUUCUCGGCCACGCUGCUUUUAUGGACAAGCCCAUCGAUGAGGCUUUUUCCGGGGAGGCGGGAGCAGCGCAACGGGGGCAUUGGGAUAGUGGAGAGAGAGUCGAGGAGCUAGACACGGACGAGAACGAUUCGGAUAUACAAGGCGUUGGUUUGGUUUCGAGGGGCAAGCGGAUCGCCAGCGACUCGCUUCGGUUUACGGGUACAGACUUGGGUGACAGGACGGGCACAUCGCGGAGGGGCUACGAAUAUCAGUCAGAGGACGAAGACGACAGCAGCGAGGACGACGACUCUUCUGAAGACGAGUUCGAGAUCGAUUGGGAUCAGUUUUCGCCGAUGGAGCGGGAGGAGGCGUUGGUACAAACAGCACUGGCUCGCAUCCGCCGUGCCCAGGAAAAGGGCAGAGCAGAUGUCAAGCUCAACAAGGACGAGAUGGCUGCGCUGGAGCGACACAAGAAACGCAUGGCAAAGGAAGCGCGCAAGCAAGAGCGCAAACGGCGCAAGGAGAAGGAGCAACGCUACUCCAUCCCGCUGUCACAAUUGCAGGCACCGAUUAGAAGACGGUCUCCGACUGCGGACGAUGACUUGCCGCUCCACCCGUCUCCUGGCACCUUCGACGCGGUUCAAAACCGAGGCGCAAUGCCUCCCGUGGGCUACUUUCCUCCCCCGAACGCUUCUCGCACACGCCACCGUUCAUCAACUUCUUCCUCCCAGCGUCCUCCGUCGGGCGGCGAACCUAGGGGUUCGUCGCCAUUCCAGUACGCGUACGUGGGUUCGCGCCAGGCCUCGGACAACAUGUCGCCGGCGUCGUCUACAUCAUCAAAGUCAAAGUCGAAGGCUGCGGUCGAUCCUUUCCAGUUUCAGACGGAGGGUUCCAGCGCCCAAGGCAUUGUAGCUCGGCGUAACGUGUCGGGCUCAACAGAUGGCAGACGGACUCCUACGGUUCCAGCUACCUCGCGCGUGACCAGGUCGCGGGCUCCACCUCCGGAGUCGGCAUCAUCCAGCGACAGUAGCAGCGAGGAAAGCACGGAGGAGAGCACCAGCGAUGGUACCGGGAAUGGCGCGCAGAUCGUCGAGCCUCCGCCGCAGACAAGGCGCGGCCGGAGGGAGGCCAUCGUUGUUGAAGAGGCUGCGUCCCGCGAGCCAGCGCGUGAAUCGUCGCGGGGCAAGAAGUCGUCCAAUCCGUCGCCAUCCAAGAGGAAGCCCGUCGCGAGCAGGAAAAAGAAGAAAUGA